AAUUUACUAAUAUUGUACAAUGACUGCGAAUCAUGUUCGAAAGCGUCGAAAAGGAGGGUCAACGGAAAGAUAACGAUACAUUAUUAAAAACCGGUAGUUUUGAUCCUCUGGAAGGUGCAACUCCAAACUGGAGUUGUUACAAACUGAUUAUUGAUCCGGAUUUGAGCAGCGGAAGUCAGAAAGUGUACCGAUAUGAUGGACAACACUUCAGCGCACCGCAUCCUGGAUGUUUCCAUGUGGAUGUUGUUCGAGAUCCCAGAACUACUCGUUUUUGGACAAAAUUUAAAGAAACAAAUCUCCUGGUCCCCAAAUUUAAGGUUGAUGAGCAUUAUGUUGGAGCGCCGAAGGAGUUGACAUUUACAAGGCUUAAUGACAACAUUAGAGAUGAAUUCCUUUCUGAAAUGUGUAAACAGUUUGGAGAGGUUCAAGACUUGAAAGUUUUAUAUAAUCCGAAAAAUAAGAAGCAUUUAGGAAUAGCAAAGGUCAUUUUUGAAUCUGUAAAGGCAGCAAAUAAUGCAGUAAAAAACCUCCACAACACUUCUGUGAUGGGAAACAACAUUCAUUUGGAGUUUGACCCAAAAGGUGUGAAGAGGAACCGAUAUGUCCAGAUGCUUGUUAGUGGUUUAUACACACCUUUUACUCUCCCUGUUGGAGAAGAGGCCUGGGGACUCCAGUCACCAUCUUUCAUCACUGACUCUUUCACUGAGUGUGAACCUCUGAAGAAGCUGCCGUUCACACUAUCAUCAUUAUCCUCAAUAUGUAAUGGUUCUCCAUCACUGGAUUGUUCUACACCUUUAUCCAUGGAUACUGCCUACUCCAGCAUGCAUCAGGACACACCUAAUAGUUUCUGGCAGACCCCCCAAUACCAAGAUACCCCUUGCACGCCUUCUAUGACCCACAGUAGACCAGGCACACCAUCUCAGUUUGAAAGGACCCCAAAUGAGUCUGCGCUGACAUCCAGUGCUUUCAAUGUCCCUUUUAUUCAACAAUCCAUCCCAAACAUUUCACAGCAACAGCCUGUUCAUUUGACUCAACCAGUCUCAAAUAAACCUAGCAUUAUUCAAGGUGCUGUGCAAAACUUUUGGAUGCUAGGUGGAGCUCCGUCGCAAAACAGUAGCUCCUCGAAUAGGCAAAGAACUCCUGGACGCAACUAUCACCUUAGUAACCACGUUCGUGGAGGACACAGGGUCAGACCUCUCGAGAGCAAGUACCAAAAUGCAUACAACCGUAGGCCACAACAUAACUAUAUACAUAGACCUGUAUACAGAGGAGGUCACCACCGCUCUGUACCUUUAGCCAAUCAAGCGUCUUUUAAUAAAUUUCAGGAAAGUUCAACCACACCAUCACAUUCAGAUAAGCUCACAGUCCAAACCUUUACUGGCUCAGUCAAGGGCCUCAGUGUUAAUCACAGAUCUGUUGCUGAAGAUCCACCAUCACUUCCAAAUUUAGAAAAAUUGCAGCGAAAGGCUAUUGGAGUGAAUGUUCAUCACAUUCAUUCUGAUAUGCAGAUAAAUGUAAAUGCUUCUGAAAAUAUUUUCAAUGGAAUUGCUUCCCAAGUAUCUUGCAAAACUCAAGAGGUGAACCAAACUUAUUGUCCACCACAAGCCCAAUCUUCUCGCUCAUAUACCCCAAAACUGUGUCCUUCCUCUGAAACCACAGAGGAUCUUUCAGACCCAAUAGUGCAGUGUCCUUCUCCUGAAUCUCCUGCUCCGGAAUCAAAGCCUGAAAGCCUAGACUCUCGCAUCCAGAUGCUUCUUAGUGCUGGAAGUCCAGUUCUGCCCUUUUCAACCAAGAUAAUUCAGACUCAGAAACUGCUACUCGAAGAGCACGAUCCCAGCCACUCUCCUUCUUCUUGCUCCUUAGAUGUUGUCCUAAAUGUGACCAAACAUCAUCUAGUGCAAAUAUACUGGCUCCCAUCUCAAUAA